ACGCGGCGGCUGCAGCAGCAGGCAGGAGGCUCCGGCCCUUCCGGGGAGCGGCGGGUCGGACACGCGGUCGGCUCGUGCCGCUGCGGAGCGAAUCCCGGGCCCCGGGUCGGGAAAUUGGAGCCAAGAACUCCUAUCUCCUUCCUGUCCCGCAGAAAUGGUUCAGCUCCAUGUGAAGCGUGGUGACGAGAGCCAAUUCCUGCUGGAAACAACAUGCGGCAUCUCCAUGGAAGACUUAACGCAACAAGUCACCAGGAUCUACAAUAGCAGGCUCAAAGUGCAGCGUAUUUGCUCAGAAAUGGAGGAACUGGCAGAACAUGGUGUCUUCUUGCCUCCUAAUAUGCAAGGACUGACGGAUGAACAGAUUGAAGAUUUGAAAUUAAAGGAUGAAUGGGCAGAUAAAUGUUUACCAAGUGGUGGAAGUGUCUUUAAAAAGGAUGAAAUUGGACGAAGGAAUGGACAUGCUCCAAAUGAAAAAAUGAAAGAAGUUUUAAAAAAGACAGUAGAGGAAGCUAAAGCACAAAUAUCUAAGAAACAAGUUCAAGCUAACAUAUGUGUUAAUAUGGAGAUGGUGAAAGAUGCACUGGACCAGCUCCGAGGAGCUGUAAUGAUUGUUUAUCCGAUGGGAUUGCCUCCACAUGAUCCAAUUAGAAUGGAGUUUGAAGAUAAAGAAGACUUGUCGGGAACUCAUGCUGGACUUGAGGUUAUUGAAGAGUCUGAAGCACAAUUGUGGUGGGCAGCAAAGGAGUUAAAAAGAACAAACAAACUUUCAGACUUUGUGGGCAAAAAUGAAAAAACUAAAAUCAUUGUCAAGAUACAGAAAAAAGGACAAGGUGCCCCAUCACGUGAACCUGUGAUAAGUAAUGAAGAGCAAAAACAGAUGAUGCUGUAUUAUCACCGGAAGCAGGAGGAACUCAAGAAAUUAGAAGAAAAUGAUGACGACUCCUAUUUAAAUUCAGAAUGGGCAGACAGUCAUGCUUUGAAAAGACAGUUUCAUGGUGUAAAAGAUAUUAAGUGGGGACCGAGAUGAAGCUCUCCAAACAGACUUUGCCCCUUUAGAAAUAAAUAAAAAAUUGACCCACCCUUAUUAUGUAUAUGACAAGCAUAUUAGUAGACCUCAGUUAGUAUUUGUGACAAGUGUUGAAAUUUCCAGUUUCAUAGUAGAGGUUCAUUUUAAGCUUGAGUUUUUUAAUGAAAACUUCACAUUUCUAUUUACUGUCUAUAGCAGGACUCUUCUGUACUUAUGUAGAUUACACAUAAAUUUUCAUAAUUCUAUUUUUACAAAUGUUUGUAACUAGAAUAUUUCUUAAAUUAUUUUGCAGACAGCAUUCAUAGCUAAUAAAAAAAUAACUAGAUGGUUGUGCUGGUAGCCUUAAAGUUUUCUUCUUUAUUUUGAACAUCAGUUUUCAUGUAUACCAUCUUGAAUCAAUGCAAAUUCAGUGGUGGUAAUUAUUUAUUUGUAUCUUAACAAGGUUAAUUUUAAGCUGUCAGUUUUUAAAUGAAUGGAUUUUUGUUAGCAAUUCUUUAAACAAAGUAGUUUUGUUUGAACACUGAUAAAAUGAAACUUUUUUGUAUGCUUCAGUUUCAGUCCACAUUUUCCUCAUUUUUCACUGAUACUUAUUUUUCUUUUAAAAUGGCGAGCAAGGAACUGAGCCCAGUUAAUAUUAUCUUGUUUUCAUGUAUCAUCAUUUUCAUGUAUAGACUGAAGGAAAUCCAAUAGUAAAUGGUAAGCAUCACUCUGAAUAGGAAUGAGACAAUGCAAUAGUUGUGUCUAUGUGAAGGUGAAAUAUUUAGAAUUGUAAGUAAGCUCUGCUUUGGAAAAUGUUACAGUGGCUAUCAAUAUCACAUUUUCUUUCAAACAGAUACUUUUUAUUUUAACAUUUAUUAUAAAAGUGGCCAGUUAUAAUUGAGUUUCCACUAUAAGCUUGAUUUUAGCCCCUCUCUGAAAUCCCCACAAGUAGUUAUAUCACUCUCAAAGUUCAUAGCAGUAAGUCUGGGUUCAAGGUACAGGGUUGUAGUUGUUUAUCAGAUUUAAAAUGAACUGGACAUGGGGCUUCUGAAUUACGGCACCCUUCAAAUAGGGAUGUUCACGAGAGUUUACUUGUUGUCAAGUGGAAAAGGAAGAUAAAACCCAGUUAUUGGAUUCUGCUAGCUGAAAUCCAAUGCACAGUGCCAAAGAUUAUUUGAUUACAAUCAAAUUUGAAAAUGUAAUUUUUUCAGUAGGAAAAUUGCUGUGGGUCAUUGACUCUGACAAAUUUAGGAUGUCAAAUGAUGGCUGGAGAGCUGUUCUUUCAUUUGUUAACUAAAAUUUAAAAGGAAGUAUAGCCCUUCUUAACUUUCAAUAUAUAACUCUAGUCAUUUAGGGAGGGUUACCAAUGGGAGGAGAAUUUUUUUCACCAAGACUGAAGUUAAGACAACCUGUUUGUAAAUUAACCCACUUUAAAGGAAAGUAGUCUCCACAGUAACCAAUUUUUAUUGAGAAAUCUUAUGUAUGUAUUUAAAUAAGUCAGCAAAAAGAAUAGAGUACUCCUUUACAGUAGUAAUAAAAAUCCUAUCAUAGAUUCUCAA